AUGGGCAGCCCCCAUAUAGACCAGUCUGAUAGGGCUCGCAAACAUGUCGACGCGAUUCGUAAGGAAGCAGGACUUGACAAUGGCCAAGACUCAAGCCGAAACGUGCAGAACCUUGAGAAUGCUCUCCACACGUUGGCCGAUGAGCUAUAUCAUAAAUCAACCCAUUUUCUUUUAGAAUUGAUCCAAAAUGCAGACGACAAUGAAUACCUUGUUGCCGAGCCAGAAAUCACGUUAACUUACAAGGACCGUCGACUACGAAUUGACUGCAACGAGCGUGGCUUCAGCCCACAGAAUGUCGAGGCCAUCUGCAGGGUUGGUAGCAGCACCAAGGCUGGACAGGACCGUGCCAGCAGUUACGUCGGAGAGAAAGGAAUCGGUUUCAAGUCGGUCUUCAAAGCAGCAGACAUCGUUUGGAUCUCAUCCAAUUCGUACACUUUCAAGUUCGACAAGAGAAAUGUCUUAGGCAUGAUCGCACCUAUCUGGGAGGCCUUUCCAGAGCCGACGGACCCAUCCUGGACAUCAAUGCUCCUUCAACUGUCUCCUGGAUAUGAAGAGAAGCAACUCCUGCACGAUCUAAAGACUUUCGACCCCCGUAUGCUCAUAUUCCUCCGUCGCUUGAAGAAAGUCAAAAUCGUCAUCCAUCGAGCUGGGCCAGUGUGGCAGACGACUUUAACAAAGAAACUACAAAGGAAUGACCAGGAAACAGCAAUUGAGUUGACACAGGACCACAAGACCCUCCGGUAUAUGGUCAGCUCCUACUUGGCCGAAAAUCUCCCCGCGGAGCCCAAGCGACCUGGAGCCAGGUCCUCCCAAAUCAUGCUCGCCUUUCCCGACUGCAACGGGGCAGAAGCGAUAGAAUCACAGAAGGUCUAUGCCUUUCUUCCGGUCAGGGACUACGGAUUCAAGUUUUUGCUCCAAGCGGACUUCUUGCUGUCGGCCAACAGAGAAGAAAUUCUGGCUUACCCGCAAUGGAACCAGGCGCUUAGACAGGCCUUCGUGGAUGCAUUCGUGGCUGUGACAAAGGAAUACUGCCAGGGCCGGAUAAGCCACCUUUGGCCCCAGUAUAUCCCGCUCAGGCCGUCUCAGACGCGGUUCUUUGAGUCAGCAAGGAAAGAGAUCCUUGAGAGACUCUCACGAGAGCCUGUCUUGAGAUGCAGAACUAACGAGUUGAUGACGCCUUGCUCCUUACUCGACGUUCCAGAUGAGUUCUGCGACAAAGAAGGUGUGCCUAUGACUUCAACCCCGACAAGCGAUCGCGCCUAUCUGAGUUGUGUAUACCCCACCUCUUUGACGGAGAAUCUGGAAGUGUUGGGAGUACGAAAGAUGACCGCCUCUAUCUUUUUGGACCAUCUGGCGUCAUUCAUAACCCAACAUAGUGAGCUUUUCCGCGAACAAAAGCCCGACGGUUGGCAUACACGGCUUGCAGAAAUUUUGCUUAAGUUAUCGUUUGAUUCAGCCAAUCAUGACCGUAUCGCCGAGUUGCCUGUUAUUCCCCUGAGCGAUGGUCGCUGGGUCUCUGCAAAGGAAGAUUAUGUAUUCCUGCCGCAAGAGGCAGAAAGCUGCCGUCCGCCAGAAGGUUUUCGCCUCUCGCUGGUGCGUGAAGGUGCGGCCAAUAAUCCAACAACACGGUCACUGUACCUGCAGCUCGGGCUCAAGGUUCUUGGGAAAGAGUCCAUCGCCUAUGGCAUCAUCCGCGAACACAUGAAGGAAUCGUUCAAUCCAUACGCUAUGACGGUCGCACAGUUGAUCUCUCAAGCUGCCUUUCUCUUCCACGCCAGAGUCGACGACUACAGGGUAAAAAAGUUCUGGUUUGCCACUGGAUUAGGGUCUGCACGCUUUCACGGCGACGAGGUAUACUUGCACUCCGACAAACCGUUCGCAGCGAGUCACUACUUCACUGGCAGGCCUGAAAUCCCAUUUCUUCAAUCCGACUACGAGAAUGUUGGCGGAGAGGAUGGGGCGCGGUGGUAUGAGUGGCUUGAGCACGUUGCUGGUUUGUCAACACUUCCGCGAUUGGCUGAGCCCAUUCCGAAACAACCCACGUCCUUGCGCCUGUCUUCCCACUUCAAGUUUAUCAUAAGAUACAACGAACCAAAGGACUUCUUGAUCCUUUUACGCGAUAACUGGAACCACUACUCACAAUGGCUUGAAGAUGACCGUGACUGCGUCGGCAGCGGUAUUGACGAGCCCUGCCGAAAGCGGCUAAGAAAUGAGCUAGGACAGUCACAGAUACGGUGUCAUGGUGGCAUUAUGAAGCCACUCCGGGACGUCUUUCUGUCCAUACCUGAGCUCGUGGAGAAAGCCCAGGGUCAAGUCCCUUUCGUGGAAGUCGAUGAUGCUCUUGAUCCACGUUGGCGGAGGCUAGCUGUUCUCGGGCUUGGGGUCGAAGGCGAUGUCCGCUUUUACCUCCGAUGCCUGGAGUCAAUGAGCGGAAGUAGGGAACAGACAGCUGUUGACCGCGCUGCAUUACUCUUGGAGCAGAUCCAAGCCAGGUAUGCCGAUGACGAAGAACUUGUAAGAAACUCCUUCGCAAAAAAGCCGCUCAUCUGCAUACCCAGCAGCACGCCGACACGAUGGGCAAAGGUCGGGGACUGCCUUUGGGGUGGACCAGCAUGUCUUCGCCUCUUUGUGCCCCUCAAAAACAUCUAUCCGUCGUGCCAGAGGCUCUUCCGCGAUUUUUUCCUGGUCCCUGACGCCACUGUUUCUGACGUGGUCCGGGAGGUUAAAUUUAUGAACCUAGGAGAUCCGCUCACCUACAUCUUGAGUUUAUUCCUACAACUGGAGAAGCAUCUCGAGCAGGACGAAAUAAGUACUGCCGUUGAUUCACUUCUGACGCAUGCUAUCUGGCCUAUUUACACGACCAAAGAUGCGGGAGACUGGGACUUCCUGGGUUGUGCUAAGUCUUCGACGCCAUGGUUCAUUGCUGAUCGAGCACAUCUUCUUGACAGCUUCCAAGGAAUUGUUCCCCUAUUGGCCUUCGGCGUCGAGGAUGUCCUGAAGAUGCCUCUUCUGAUACAAAAACUUGGGGCAGAGAGGAGGAAGCUCACUCGGGCAGUCAUAAGCAUCGCAGAAAAUGUGGAUGUCGCAUACCCAAAUCUAACCUUACAAGAAGAUCUACGGUCAAGGGCUGAAUUGAUUGCGAGGCUGAUUCCACAAAAAGAACGCGGAAAGAAGGAGAAAAUCGACAAGUUAAAAGCUUUGCAGGUGUUCUCGACGCCAAAGGUCGUCCAAACUUGGGCUGUCAAUAUCGGAACGGACACCUUGCCUGGUCGCUCCAGCGAUGGCAGCGUAGUACUCUCCACCCAACACGAAACACUCAAGAUCUUUAUCACCGAGAAUUACUUCGAAGAAAAUAAGACUCCGGCCGACUUGGUGGAAGCACUCGCACGCUUUUGCACCAUUGACGACAGGCAAUCACUUUUGCUCACAAUAACUCUGACGGAGAACCUACAGAAGAUCCACGAAUGGUUUCAGAGGCACGGAGUGCCCCUACUGAAUCUUGACAACGAUGUCCCGGAUGAAGUCGAAGAUGCCGAUGACUUCGAUCCCCGGAAACAAGAGCGAACUCCUACACGCAGCAAAUACAGAACAAUCAUCUUGAAACAAGAUAUAGUGCGGAUGUUCCUUCCGGUUGGUCCCAUGAAAGAAGUAGGCCUCGGGGGCACUCCUGUGAUACAUCAUGGCCCGGACAGCACUUUGGGAUUUCCAGCCGCAGAGAAGGCGUCCGUUCUAAAAGGAGAGGAUCUUUAUUUUGACUACCACGACGAUGGGGCGUCCGACGCCAAAUCCGUCAGAUCUGACGCUGGGUCGACAUGGUCUGGAACUACAAUUGGGUCUGGAUCGACUAUCCGAGGCGACGAAAAGAAAGGAAAUUCUCUAUCAGCGAGCGCCCGGAUUAGGAGCAGAUUCUUCCGGAAAGCUCCCUUACCACCCAAGGACGAUGCCUUCAAGUUGGAGUAUGCUGGCCAGAGCAAGGUGUCACAAGAGCUCAGCCGCAUGCUCGGCACAGCCUAUGAUCCCAACACACACUGGACGAGCCCAUUACGAACUCGGGACGGAUACAAGCCAUUCGUCACAAUUCUGAAUAGCGAGGGCAAGGCCAAAAUCUAUGCCAGCUUUACACUGGAAGACACGUCAAAACUCUUUACCCGCUACCUCGCGCAGAACUAUCCGGAGGCAGCGAAGUGGGUCAUAAAACCGCCUGUAUACCACCUCGAUGUCAAAACAACCACAGGAGGGCUCAACUCCGAAUUUUCGCUUAGCAAUGCACAAGUGAAGAUGGCGCGCACUUACUCGAUCUCCACGGGCGAGGGCACAGGAAUCCCAGCGAAUGUGUAUUUCCUUGUUCGUGUCUUUCACGUGGGGGAGAAGGCCAGCAUUCAGUUCAUUAUGGACCCCUGGUCGCAUUAUCUCACUGACAAGCUUUGCUUGAGGGCGGAAAAGGAGUACAUUGGACGAGUACAAGGAGAGGUUGGAUGA